AGACUGAGUGAGAUACGUGUAUUAUGGGGAUUUUAUACGUACUUUUUGAAGACAAGUAAAAUUAGUAUAAUGUUUAGUUUUGUUUACUACUUCAGACUUAAGUAUUUUGUGACAGCCGUACAAACGUAAGAAGCAGAGUAGAAUUUUGGGCUAAAUUAAGCGAUAAAUAUGUGCAACUCCAACAUACUUGCGCAAUGUCCGGUUGUAGCCUUCCCUACUAAAUCAUGUAUACCUUCAUUAAACAUUGUACAGAGACCGUUAAAAGACUUUAUUUAAACUUAUACCGACACGAUAAACUAUAACAAGAACGCUUACAGCUCUAGUGUUGUAAGUAACCCUGACUUUGUCCUUUUUUUUGGACGAAGUGGACUGCCAUUAUCAGGCGAAGCAUUACACUUCUGGUAGCUCCCUGUGGCUAAAAAGAGGUCGACUGCUCUGGGACUCAGCAACACCCACAUAAUGCUCUAGGUUUACACAGCAGGAUGAAAGGAUUCAAAGCCAUUACACUCUUCCAAUCACAACAUGGCCGCCAAGGACGUCCCUACCACGGGGCGUUUCUAAUUCUUAGCCUGGCUGCAUGUCAGAAGGGCAUUAAAAGAGAUCGUUUUAUUUAUGCUGCAGAAGAACGAUUCUUUGGUGUUUGUGAUUUAUAUGUUUUAGUAAGUACUUUGCAGAUUAAACUGACGUUGGGAUUUCGGUGUAACGGUACAGCGGGUGGAAUACGUGUAUUUUGUUGCAACUUAAAAACUAAGAGACAAACGCUCUAAAUGGGAAAGAUGAAAGAAUAUGACGAGAAGAAAGAAACUUGUGGGACGAUAUGUCUGAAGUACUUGUUGUUUACGUUCAACUUUUUCUUCUGGCUUGCAGGAGGUGUAGUAAUGGCGGUGGGAAUAUGGACCCUCGUUGAGAAGAGUGACUACAUCAGCCUGCUUCCCUCAAGCACUUACGCAGCGACAGCAUACAUCUUGGUCAUUGCUGGUGUAAUUGUCAUGAUUACUGGACUCCUCGGUUGCUGUGCCACCUUCAAGGAGAGGCGUAAUCUGCUCAGAAUAUAUUUUGUACUGCUGCUUUGCAUCUUUCUUUUGGAGAUCCUCGCUGGAGUUCUGGCAUACAUUUACUACCAGCAACUUAAUGAUGAACUGAAGCAGAGCCUGAAAAUUACAAUGACCCAGAAGUACAUGACGCCUGGCAAUGACGGAAUAACAAAUGCAGUCGACAAACUGCAGCAAGAGUUUAAAUGUUGUGGCAGUAAUAACUCCCAAGACUGGAGUGACAGUGCUUGGAUUAAAUCAUCAAAUUCUGAAGGCCGGAUGGUGCCUGAUAGUUGCUGCAAGACAGAGGUUAAACACUGUGGAAGGAGACCUCACCCUUCCAAUAUAUAUAAAACUGAGGGUGGCUGUAUUACAAAACUAGAACAGUUUAUCCUGUCCCACCUACAGAUUGUUGGAGCAGUAGGAAUCGGAAUUGCUUGUGUACAGAUAAUCGGGAUGAUUUUCACCUGUUGCCUUUACAAGAGCCUUAAACACGAACCGUAACAGAACUUGUAAGCACGGUAUACUACCUCCGUUGCCAUCCUGUUCUCUUGUCACUCUUACAGAUGCCAGCAGGGAAGAGGCGUUUUAAUGAACUACAUUCUCUAGCUUCUUUCUUAAAGCACCAUGUGCCUGUUUUAUGGAUAUACUUGACUGCUUGUUUAACAUUAACCACUUGCUAAAGGAUCUUUCUGGAAUUUUAUACUCGAACGUUACACAUUCUAAUACAGUUUCUAAUUGUUUUUAAUGAGGUGAUAUGGCCUGCAAACCAAGUUUUAAAUAAGGACAGUAUUUUUUUUUACUCAACUCUUAUGUCAGUAUACAUUUGAUUUUAUUUUCGUCUGUAUUUCUCGGUUUAACACUAGGAUUCAAGUGGAUGUAAUAACUGUUGCCAUCUGUUUCAUUGCCACACUCGCAUUUGAAUCAUAGGAGGUUACAAGGCUAUCGACCCGGAGGUCAUUUCAAGCCUAGCCAUUUCAUCCCAAUGUAAUACCAUAGAUACUUGAGUCAAUACCCAGGAUUUUGUUUGACUGCCCAUGUCCAGGAGGGUUGUGGGUGCUAUCCCUGGUAAGAAUUUACGGUGCUCCAUCCACUCAUUCAUGUUGUUUUAACUACAGCUAUGUUUUUCAUAAGGGCGGUUGCAAUUCUUUUUAGGCCCAUGUCUUUACAUACAAAGUUGCCAACCAACCAGAUUUCAUCAGUAUUUUACAAGGUUGCUUGGGUCAAGUAGUGUGUGUGUAUUCGCAUGCAUUGUGUGUGGAGAAUCUUUUCGACAGGUUACAUUAAUCGAAUGCCAAAAAAAAAAAAAAGGUGCCAUUAUUGUAAAAUGUUAAACAUGCAUUUUUUUUUUAUUAACUUCUAUGCCCCACAACACACACACACACUGUUGCAGUUACUCAUGAACACACACUUAUGCAUGUGUGCGCUCUUCAGAUAUGAAACCGUAUGUUGGCAUGCAGGUGCUUCAAAACCAUAUGAUUGCACGGAGAAACAGAUAACCAGUACUUUUUGAAAAUGCCACAAAGGGCUGUAAGACACUAACAAAAGUAGAGCAUUUGUCUGCUUUGACACAAUUUUAACCAAGUAUGUAAUGUUUUUCUGUUAUGGACAUUUGCUAAAGUUGCUGUGCAUGUCUGCAGGGUUAACAUGAUCCAUGCUGCCAUGUCUGCAGGUGUGAUAGGAAUUAUGAUAACUUAUCUCUUGGUACCACAACUUAAUUUCUAGUCUUUCACAGCAAGUAACAUAAGUAAAACAGAGCAACUAACAACGUUGUUUCUGUAGAAACAUUUAAUGAACCUCAGUAAGCUGUUGAAUUUAAAUGCUGUAUUCUCAUUUGAGUAUUUUUUGUUUUUGAUUGCAUUUACCAAGUUUUAAUAUAAACAUACUGUUUGGUGGUUUUUGAGAAAGUAGAAACCAGACGCUAGAUGUUUUUUUUUUUUUUUUUUUUUUUAUCGUAUAGUGAUAAUGA